AUGAAUGAUGAAGAGGAAGAACAUGAUGAUCCAGAAGAGGAAGAGAAUGAGGUGGAAGAAACCAUGAAUCCAAAACACAAUUCAAGAAAGGACAAGACACUUCCUCAUGGACAAGACGAAGUCGCGUUUCAUAACCAGCGUCAUCAUCACCAUCAUAAGGAUCCAAGAACAAGCAAUGUGAAUCUUCUCGAUUCUAGAUUUGUUCACAUGUCAACACUCAAUGAUGAUAUUUUCAAUCCUAAUGAAAAUGUAACAACAAGUGGUGGUGAACAACAUUCGACAGUAGAUCAUUCCUUGAUUCAUGCAACAACUGGGAAACCAAUCUCGAUCGUCCAUGUUCAACACCAUCCAAAAAUGUCCACUUCAAGUUCGCCUCAUUUAGCAAAGAAUUCACAAUUUCCCACAAACCAUGGAACUCUAGAAAAUAAUCAUGUCAUGUCCACAGAUUUAACACCUCCCACUAGUGGACCCAUAGAAGAUGAAUUGGAUUCGUUUCUCAAUUCCAUUCAUCAGUCGAAUCAGUUUUAA